AACCAUCCUGUCUACCUGUGACACAAACUUCUCAGAAUUAUGGCACAUCGAAGGAAAAUCCAGCAGGAGGAUUCAUUAGCAAAGGGAUAGAGAUUUAGGAGGGGCUUGAAUUUUUGUCACGAUAAAUUGCCGUGAUGUGGAAGGGAGCUAUGUUUGGGGUCAGGGAUUGGAAUGGGAAUCCCGGAGAUGUUGGUGACUGUAUUCCAGGCUACAGGAAUUUCUGAGGAUGGGUCACCGGACCCGAAACGUUAAACACUGACUUUUUUUCUUCACGGACGCUGCCAGACCCUGCUGAGCUUUUCCAGCAACUUGUUCCCGAUUUACAGCAUCCGCAGUUCUUUCGGUUUGUGCAGGAAUUUGUGGGCUUGGUAAGUAAAAGAUGACCGGCCUCUGCUGUCCUCUCUCUCGCUGAAUGCGUGUGUGCACGUCUCUCUCCGUUGCAGAUCGCACCGCUAUCUGCCCUAUGGCCAACACAACGUCGCAGAAGCACAAGAACUUUGUGGUGGAGCCCAUGAAGGAGAAGUCUGUGAAAGAGCUGGCAGGAAUCGGUCUGGUUCUGGGAGGGCGGCUGGAGGAGAAAGGCUUCACAAAGGCUAAAGAUGUCUUGGGCCAGUUCCUGCUUCUGAAACAAGACAAAGUGGCCUUUAAGUCCUGGAUGAGGCAAGUGUGCUUCGCGGGCAACAGGCAAUCCGAAGACUGUUAUCGCUGUCUCAGAGAGUGGUGCGAUGCCUUCCUCUAAAGCCUUCUCUUCCCCCUUCAACCCACUCCACACUGCCACACCCCCCUUCCACACACCAGGUUCCUGGGUAAAUGACAGUAAUACUUACCUCAAAUAAACCUUAAUUGCUAUUUAUUGAUUGUUUGCAGCCCUAGGUCACCAGGGCUAUUCCAGAUUUUAUGCUGUUUUGAAAAACUGAUUUUUUAA